UGAACCACCGAGAUCUGGUUAUCGGUAUUGUCUUGAAUAGUUUUUAUAUAAAAAAUAAAAAUUCAACAAGAGCCCGUCACAGAGCACGAGGGAGGGCGAGAGAGAGGGAGGGGGUACAGGUGUUCCACGGACGAUAAUACAAAGGCCCGGGCAAGAGAGAGAGGGGGGGGGGGGGCAGGUGGGUGGGCUGACUGCUCUACUGACGUACUGGGGACAACGGUUCGGGUAACGUGGUCUUUUUAAGGGAGGGGGGUGAGAAUUGUGUUGAACGUUGUUACACUCUGUUCUGCUGUAACGCGUGUUGUUUUCGUGACGGGAAUUCAAUACAACGAGAUUCAUGUAUUGGGGAACUUACAUAUAAAGCGGAUGCGAAUUGGAUAGAACGCAGAUGCAAAGUGGAUAUAACGAGAUCGAGUGAACAGAACCACGUAGCGUCGCACGAAGCGUUGGGAUGCUGCUGGAUGCUUCUAGAUCCGCUACCCACGCGCCCUCAGUCUUUGUCCAGCCUGCGGACGCAUCUCGCGUGUGAUCGCGGACUCUGCCUUUACCCUGUAUCAUAGAUCAGUUCUUCUCGCGCGAUGUUUCUCUAACGCGUUGUUCGUCAGGAAUGCCACUACCGCGUUUUCGUAGAACGACAGCGUGGAGGCAGCGCACGCGGUGGCACGCUUUGGCCCAACGAGACGACUCCUUCAUUCAGACAUCGUCAAAGUAAACCGUCUUCCAGUCGAUCUUAAACAAGUAAACCCGUAAAAACAAAGUUUUUCACUAUAAAUCCUUUAUAUGCGUGGCGGCUAGAGUCCUCUCGUCCUCUGGCUUGAGAUGGCUGCCACCUAUGGGUCAGAUGAUUGUCUGCCAGUAUUAAGCAAUUGGUAAUUAAAUAUUUAAUUUGUUUUCCCUAAACAGUGUAAAAUUUUGGAAAUUAUUUUUCACGAAAAUUAAUUGUCACGCACAACAAGUCUGUGUGGAAAAUGUCAGCUCGCUUGGAUCACGGGAUGUGGGUUAAAAACGACCGAAAGAUUUGCACGGUCGUAAGCAAGCAAGCACGCAAGCAAGCACGCAAGCGAACUUAAUAUAAAGGAUUUAAAAAGGAGCGUGUAGAUAGUUUUAAAAUAUAAGUUUUUGAAUUUUUUUAUGAUAGAAUAUAGUCUGGUCAUCGGUAUGAGAUAGCGAUACCAAGUUUGCAGUCGAUAUCAUAUUGGGAAGUGUGUAAAAUUUGAGCUACAAGAUGUCUUUUUUGAGGAAUUUUGAUUUAAAGCUUUUGUGACUGCAGGGAUUCAUCUUCUUGGUUCUUUCGGUAAAGCCAUUACGUAGAAGGGAAAUAAUAAAGUAAUAAAAAUAAAACAUCAUGAAAUAAUAUAAUGUAAAAAUAUAAUAUAAUAAUAAAAUAUCUUAAUAUAUUAUAUUAUUUUAUUAUGUUUUAUUUUUAAGGGAAAUAAUAAAACAAUAAAAAUAAAACAUCAUAAAAUAAUUCUCACGAAGUUUCAGACGCUGUCUUUCCGACAGACCUGUUCUUCACCUGAGGACGGCUGCUUGCGUUGUGGCCGAAACGUCGUGAGAAUUGUAUUUUCUGAUGUUUUAUUUUUAUUAUUUUAUUAUUUCCCUUCUACGUAUUUUAUAAUAAAAUAGUAUUUUAUAAUAUUUAAAUUUUUUUAUUUAUUAUUUCCCUUCUAACGUAUUUUAUAAUAAAAUAGUAUUUUAUAAUAUUAAAUUUUUAUUAUUUUAUUAUUUCCCUUCUACGUAUUUUAUAAUAUUUUUAUUUUUUUAUUUUAUGAUUUCCCUUCUACGUAUUGUAUAAUAAAAUUUUAUUUUAUUAUGUUUUUUUUCCUUAUUUUAUUAUUUCCCUUCUACGUGACUUUACCGAAAGAACCAAGAAGACAGACGAAGUGAGUUAAAUAAAAUCUUGGUAAUAAAAACGACGUUUCGGACCCAAAAAAAGCGGCCAUCUUCAGGUGAUAAAUAUUGCUUUUCUGUUGUGGCUUUAAGCAAUUUAUAAAUAACACUUUUUACCCAGCAAACAAAAAUUGUGUUACAUAGUGUAAUUAGUCGGCAGCGUUGUCGGGUUAUAUUAGCAUGAAUGAAACAAACAUAUAGCAUUAAAUAAUCAUCAUUAUCAUUAUAAUAUUAAUAACGUAAUAUGGUCAUUAUGAUAAGGUAUCGAAUUUAACUAAUAUAUAACAUUAAAUGAUAAUCAUUAGAAUCAUCUUACUAUAAUAUUACUAUAGUAAUAAUAUACACCAUUUAAUUAUCAUAAUUAUAAUCGUAAUAAUUACUUUAAUAAUAUUAUAUCAAUAACAUUAAAGUUUACAUUAGGGAGAGUGGGGGAGGGGGUGGGGGGGGGAGAGGGGGGGAGUCCCUUAUCCGCUCCACGAUUUACAAACGCCUCUUCUCACCACCGCCGGCUAAAGCAGACUAGCGAAUACACAGCCAAUCCGCGCGGGGGAUCCUCGUCACGUGCCCCGCCGCCGACCAAUCAGCGCCAGGAUCAGCUCACCCGUCCACAAGCUUGGAGCCCGCCGAAGAUUUUAAACGGGCGGAGAGAAAUUUUUUGGGAUUUUUAAAUAAAGAGAUGAUUCCAAUCCUCGCCGCGUUCUUCACGUAAGCGGAGGUGCGGGACCAGCAUUAGACGCGAGCUUAAUGAGGCUCGAGACCGACUGAGAGGUGAGCGACUUUAAACGACGGUGCAGAGGGUAGGCCUCGCGCGGCCUCGACUAGUUUCCUAGCGGAGCCUGCGGCGGCAAGGCCUCGGUUGUGUGCGGCGAGUUUAGUUUUCUAUUUCUUAACAGUUUUAUUUUUGAACGGAUUUCCUUUUUGAACGGGUUUAGUGCUUGAACGGUUUUAGUUAAAUUGUUAAAGGUCGCUUUGGUGACGCGUGUCCUACGGGCAGCGUGAGUCUGGUGUUUGUUUGUCUGUGGUGCAGUGUUUUGAGUGUGGUAAGUGUUGAGUCUGAUGCUGUGUUGAGUCUAUGGUGCAGUGUUGAGUCUAUGGGUAGUGUUGAGUCUAUGGGUAUUGUUGAGUCUAUGGGUAGUGUUGAGUCUAUGGGUAGUGUUGAGUCUAUGGGUAUUGUUGAGUCUAUGGUGCAGUGUUGAGUCUAUGGGUAGUGUUGAGUAUAUGGGUAGUGUUGAGUCUAUGGGGCAGUGUUGAGUCUAUGGGUAGUGUUGAGUCUAUGGGUAGUGUUGAGUCUAUGGGUAUUGUUGAGUCUAUGGGUAGUGUUGAGUCUAUGGGGCAGUGUUGAGUCUAUGGUGCAGUGUUGAGUCUAUGGUGCAGUGUUGAGUCUAUGGUGCAGUGUUGAGUCUAUGGUGCAGUGUUGAGUCUAUGGUGCAGUGUUGAGUCUAUGGGCAGUGUUGAGUCUAUGGGCAGUGUUGAGUCUAUGGGUAGUGUUGAGUCUAUGGGUAGUGCUGAGUCUAUGGGUAUUGUUGAGUCUAUGGGUAGUGUUGAGUCUAUGGGGCAGUGUUGAGUCUAUGGUGCAGUGUUGAGUCUAUGGUGCAGUGUUGAGUCUAUGGUGCAGUGUUGAGUCUAUGGUGCAGUGUUGAGUCUAUGGUGCAGUGUUGAGUCUAUGGUGCAGUGUUGAGUCUACGGGUAGUGUUGAGUCUAUGGGCAGUGUUGAGUCUAUGGGCAGUGUUGAGUCUAUGGUGCAGUGUUGAGUCUAUGGUGCAGUGUUGAGUCUACGGGUAGUGUUGAGUCUACGGGCAGUGUUGAGUCUAUGGUGCAGUGUUGAGUAUAUGGUGCAGUGUUGAGUCUAUGGUGCAGUGUUGAGUCUAUGGUGCAGUGCUGAGUCUAUGGGCAGUGCUGAGUCUAUGGUGCAGUGCUGAGUCUAUGGUGCAGUGCUGAGUCUAUGGUGCAGUGCUGAGUCUAUGGUGCAGUGCUGAGUCUAUGGGCAGUGUUGAGUCUAUGGGGCAGUGUUGAGUCUAUGGGUAGUGUUGAGUCUAUGGCGCAGUGUUGAGUCUAUGGGUAGUGUUGAGUCUUUGUUUUUUGUUUGUUGCGGUUGCACCCGAUUCAAGAGCCGAAUGGCUCACAGGGCUACGUACCUAACGCGUGCAACUUUGAACUCUGAGGUGCAGGGCUACGAUGAGCGCGGGAGGAGGGGGUGACAGCGUUGCUCCGGCCGCAGACGAGAAGGGGGACGAGGAAGUGGAGGAGGAGGAGAGAACGGUGGAACAACAACAACAACAGCAGCAGCAGUUACAGGAGCAACAGCAGCAGCAGCAGUUACAGGAGCAACAGCAGCAGCAGCAGUUACAGGAGCAACAGCAGCAGCAGCAGUUACAGGAGCAACAGCAGCAACAGCAGCAACUGCAGGUCAAGCAGCAACAGCAGCAGCUGCAAGUAGGACAGCAGGCACAGCAGCAACAGCAGGAAGUUAAGCAGCAGCAGGUGAAGGAAAUACAGCUGCAGGCACAGCUGCAGCAGCAACAGCAGCAGCAGCAGCAAGUUCAACAGCAGCAGGGGAAGGAAAUACAGCAGCAGGCACCGCUGCAACAGCAGCCAAAGCAACAGCAGCAGCUGCAGCAGGUUAAGCAAAUACAGCAGCCACAGCAACUGCUGCUGCAGCCGCAAGCUAGGCAGCAGCAGCAGCUACAACAGCUGGUGAAACAGCAGCAGCAGCAAGCCAUCAUGAGCAAGGAACUAACACAAGCAGGGGCACAACAACAGAAGCAGCAGCAGCAGCCGCAGCAGGCGGUCGUGCAGCCUGCGCAGCUGUUGCAACAGCAGCUGCAACAGCAGCAGCAACAACAACAGCAGCUGCAGCAACAACAGCUGCAGCAGCAGAUACAGCAGCAGCAGACAGCCCGCAAGUCUCCAUUGCAGCAGCAGCAGCCGCAGCAGCAGCCCCAACUGCUGCAGCAACGGCCACAGCAACCUACCAGCUUCACGGUGCAGCAGUAUGUUGUGGGGCCACAACAGGGUCUCCAGCAACAGCUCGCCAAGCCCGCCCUUCAGAAACUGAUGCAGCAGCAGCAACAGCAGCAGCUGCUGUCGCCGCAUGCGGUGUUGAAGCAGAGCCUGCAGCAGCAGCAGCAGGUAAUGACUCAGCAGCAGCAGAAGGUGGUACUCCAACACGUAGCGCAGCAGCGGCAGCAGCAGCUUCCGCAGAAGAUAUUGAAACAGGUGGCGCAACAGGGCACGCAGCAGCAGUUGGUACAGCACAAGCAGCAGCAGCAGCAGCAGCUCAUGCAACAGCAGGUGCUGCUGCAGCAGCAGCAGUUUAUGUUGCAGCAGCAGCAGCAGCAAGUUCUUUUACAGCCGCAGCAGCAGCAACAGCAGCAGCAGCAGCAAGUCUCCGCACCGUGCGCUGUUCACCAAAGGUUCAAACAGGUGCCCUGCACGUCGUUCAUACAGCUCUCCGCUGCUCCGGUCAGCCUCCAGAGGGUCCUGUCAUCCGCCACGGCUGCCGCCACCACCACCACCACCACCACGUUGGCAGCUUCCCGAUCAACAGCAGCAGCCACCACCAACCCGACCCCUUCCAUCGCCACCACCACCACCACCACCAGCGGCGUUAGCCCCGGCGUUCAGCAGCAGCUGCAGCAGCAGCAGCUGCAGCAGCAGCAACAGCAGCUGCAGCAGCAACAGCAGCAGCAGCUGCAGCAGCAGCAGCAGCAACAGCAGCAGCAGGAGCAGCAGCAACAGCAACAGCAGCAGCAACAGUUUGUAUUGCCAAGCACCGUCACGCUGCAGCAAGAAGCGCCGGCUCCGGUUCUCGGCAGCGCCGCUGGAAGCAUCGGAAGCGCCGCUGGAAGCAUCGGAAGCGCCGCUGGGAUCACCGCGGGAAGCAUCGGAAGCGUCGGAAGCACCGCUGGGAUCACCGCGGGAAGCGCUUCUCCCGGUGGGGCGUCGCUAGCCACUACCGGGAGUUUGCCGGGAGCGCCGCGUGAGCGCCGUUUGCCCGCGGCUCUCCCCGGAGGGACGGUGCGCCACUUGGGGCCCGGCGCUGGCGGCGCUCGCCCCGGCAGCGGCGUUAGUAUCGCUGGCGUCUCUCCGCAGCUCAGCAGCCUGACUCGGGGGCAGCUGCUGCCGCAGCAUGUCGGCGGUGGUGGUGGUGGUGGUGGUGGCGGCGGUGGUGGUGGCGGUGGUGGUGGUGCCCUGCUGCUGCUGCAGCAGCUGCGUCUGCGCUGCAGCGUGGCGGAGGUGCGGCGUGCGCAGCUAGAAGGACUUGGAGGACGACACCGCCGCCUGCUGCGGGAGGCGCUCUUCCUCAAGGGGGGCGGCAACAUGGUGGACUUCCCGGCCUUCUGUCGGAGGCCCGGACACUCGGCCGUCGCCACGCUGCAGCAGAACGAGUUGGAGAGCGGUGGCGGUGGUGGUGGCGGUGGCGGUGAAGCAACAGCAGCAGCAGCAGGGUGGAGGUGGUGGUGGUGGUGGAGUCCUGGUGGACGAGUCGAGGUGCCGCGUGAUUAACGACGAGGAGGGUGCCGUGCUGAGGAUCUGCCCAUGCACCGCUCCCACAACUGCUCCCUCCUCAUCAGCACCAUCAUCAGCGCCACCAUCAUCAGCAGCAGCACCACCACCAUCAUCAGCAGCAGCAGC